AUGCUUCAACAACGAAUAACCGAUGCAUGGGAAACCUUACAAGAGAUUAUCAAUGUUCCCAAAAGGCAAAGACGGCUUAUUAUGGUUAUUGUAUGUAUUGCUUUAUUACUUGAUAAUAUGCUCUAUAUGGUUAUUGUACCUAUUAUUCCGGAUUAUUUACAAAGUAUAGGAGCAUGGGGAAAAAGUAGUAAUGUAUCAAAACCAGUUGCAUCAAAUGGAAAAGUAACAACCGUAACGAAUGAUGAUGAUGAUAGUGCUGAAGAUGUUGCUGUUGGAACAUUAUUUGGUUCAAAAGCAAUAAUUCAACUAUUAAUUAAUCCAUUUAGUGGUGCAUUAAUAGAUCGUAUUGGUUAUGAUAUUCCAAUGUGUAUUGGACUUUGUGUUAUUUUUUUAUCAACAACAACAUUUGCAUUUGGUCGAUCAUACAGUGUUUUAUUCAUCGCACGAAGUUUACAAGGUGUUGGUUCAGCUUUUGCAGAUACAUCUGGUUUAGCUAUGAUUGCUGAUCGAUAUCAAGAUGAAGGUAGUCGUAGUCGACAAUUAGGUAUUGCUUUAGCAUUUAUUUCAUUUGGAUCUCUUGUUGCACCACCAUUUGGCGGUAUUCUAUAUGAAUUUUUUGGUAAACGUGUACCAUUUAUUACAUUGGCUAUGAUUGCUUUGCUUGAUGGUGUUCUAUUGUUUGUUGUAAUGCGGCCAACACGACUGCGUCAAGCAUUUGAUUUUUCAAAUCAUGCACAUCCAGACAAACCAAAAGGAACACCUAUAUGGCGUUUACUAAUGGAUCCAUAUAUUGCUGUAUGUGCUGGAGCUUUAGCUAUGGCUAAUGUUGGUUUGGCUUUUCUUGAACCAACAAUAUCAAUCUGGAUGCGUGAUCGAAUGCAAGCAACUGAAAUGCAAAUGGGCUUGAUAUGGUUACCAGGUUUUAUUCCACAUGUUUCUGGAGUUUAUCUUACUGUUAAAUUAAAUGAACGUUAUCCCAAAUAUCAAUGGUUAUUAGCUGCUAUUGGGCUUGCACUUCAAGGUUUUAUGUGUAUUUUCAUACCAUUUUGUACAAAUUUUGGUUCACUUAUGAUACCGAUAAGUGGUAUAUGUUUUGGAAAUGCUUUGGUAGAUACAGCUUUGUUACCUACAUUAGCUUAUCUUGUUGAUGUUCGUCAUACAUCUGUUUAUGGAUCAGUUUAUGCUAUCGCUGAUAUAUCUUAUUCACUUGCCUAUGCGAUGGGUCCGAUUGUAGCUGGUUCAAUAGUUUAUGCGACAAAUUUCCUUACAUUAAAUAUUCUUAUAUUUGUCAGUAAUAUUGCUUAUGCACCGGUUUUAUAUUUCCUAAGAAACUUUUAUGCUUUUAAACCAUUGGAAAAUGACGAAUUAAAAUCAUUUGCACAUCAACCAUUACAAAAUGAACCUGACGAAGAUAAUUAUUUAAGAUCAAUAGCUAAUAAUAAUUAUAAUCAACAAAAUGAUACUAGUUCAUCAUCAAAUGCUUGGCCACCAUCAAACACAGGCAUGGGUAUGACAAGAGAAAAUCAAUAUCCACAAAUGAAUAUGGGUCAACAAGGCGCAGUACAUUUUCAAUCAAAAUCAAGAAAUAUUGUUGAUUAUGAUGAUUUUUAA